AGGCGUCUCAUUGGCUGCAGAUUAUCUGUGGAGUCAGGUGGAGCCGUGCGUCCUGGCGCACGGUGAUCAGAGCUCCCAGAAGGACAGAGGCUGUCACUGAGAAAGGUUACUGUUGCUCCAUAUAUCAUUCUGCUGGACUCGUUCUACUCUGGUUGGGGAAUGGAAACCUCUGACCGACGCACCGAGGCAAUCGGGCACGUCUACAGGGGAACAUUUGUGCACUCGACCCCGCACACAGCGCUGCAGGUCCUGGAAGAUGCGCUCGUAGGAGUCGAUACGGGAGGAAAGAUUGCUUUCAUUGGGAAAGGCCAGGAGCUAAACAAACUCUCUCAGACCUUUGGAUUCUGUCCAUCAGAAGUCACUCAACUGACACAAGAUGAGUUCUUCAUGCCAGGAAUGGUGGACACCCACAUUCACGCGCCCCAGUACAGCUAUGCUGGUACGGCCCUGGACAUGCCCUUACUGCAGUGGCUCGAUACCUACACCUUUCCUGUGGAGGCUCGCUUUAAGGACUUGGAGUUUGCCAAGAGCGUCUACACUCAAAUAGUGAAAAGGACCCUGAGAAAUGGAACGACCACCGCCUGCUACUUUGCUACUAUACAUACAGAUGCAUCUCUCGUGCUGGGCCAGAUUGCAAAUGAGCUCGGGCAGCGGGCCUUGGUGGGCAAGGUGUGCAUGGACAGGAACAAGUCUGUGAAGCAUUACAAGGAAACCACGCAGGAGUCUCAGGAGGAAACCGACCGGUUUAUUGCAGAGCUGUUGAACAAAAAGUACCCUCUGGUGAAGCCGGUGGUGACUCCCCGCUUCGCUCUGUCCUGCACUGAAGCUUUGCUCGAGCAGCUGGGAGCGAUCGCUAAGAACAACAACCUGCACAUUCAGAGUCACAUCAGUGAAAAUACAGAGGAGGUGAAGCUGGUAAAGGAGCUGUUUCCUGAAUCCGAGUCCUACACAGAUGUGUAUCACAAAUGCAACCUGCUCACCAACAAAACAGUGAUGGCCCAUGGCUGCUACCUCAGCGAUGAGGAGUUGGAUCUGUUCAGGGAGACGGGAGCCGCGUUGUCUCACUGUCCCAACUCCAACACUUCGUUGUGCAGUGGGACGUUAAAUGUCCGCAAUGUUCUGAAGCACAAAGUGAAGCUGGGGCUCGGAACAGACGUGGCGGGCGGAUACUCGGCCUCGAUGCUGGACGCCGUGAGGAGAGCUCAGGACGUGUCCAAGUUCUUAACCAUCCAGGACCCAGGACACGACACACUCACCUUUGAGGAGGUGUUCAGACUGGCCACACUGGGAGGAAGCCAAGCUCUGUCACUGGACACUCAGACCGGAAACUUUGAGGUGGGCAAAGACUUCGAUGCCCUGAGGGUGAACGUAGCUGCCGCUGACGGACCUAUCGAUCUGACCCAGAAAGUGGAACCAAAGAUUCUUCUGGAGAAGUUCUUGAAUUUGGGUGAUGACCGUAACAUAGUGGAGGUGUUUGUGGCUGGGAGGAAGGUGGUGCCGUUCACAGAGUAGGCUGCGUGGCCCCUACUCAACCUCACCUGCUUCACCUAAAAGCCAUUUAGAGACCAACUUAAUAAUACAAUAAACAGGACGCACGCUACAGACUUUUACAUUUGGAGACAGUGGAUGAGAUGCUAUUUAUAACCUGCUGAGUACUAUGAAUCCUUAAAGGUUCUUAUUUUUUUGUGAGCUGCUAAUCAUUUUAUUAUACAGCUGUUUUGUUUUCCUUAUCAGUUCAAUUCAACGAGAUAUAGACAGUAAACAAACUAAUAUAGAACUAUGUUUAUUGCACAUUGACGUCAUAUUGUUCUUGCCUUCUCGCUAUAAAGCUGAGUAACACAUUAACUGGACCUGGUGAUGAUGAUGCUAAGCCGUCCAGUUAUCUGCAGUGGCUUCAUGACCCCAUCGCUUACUCAUGGUGCUGUAACACUUUACGACCAAAGGAAUGGGGGUAACUGGAGCUGCGGCUCUAACAGUGUUUUUUCCUGUACACUCCAUUCUAAUGUUUCAAAUGACAACAGUGUAUUAUAGUGGACAUACCAGGGUUGCUGCUGUGACUGUGGUAUGUUUGUGCACAAAUGAAGAUGAAAGGUUUAAUCCGUCAUUUAGCAUUUCCAGUAGCAGUGACCAUGUUUAAUUUGAAGAAUUUAGCUUUGCACAGUAUUUGCUGUACAGUGACACUGAAGCCUGUUGUAACUGUUGAAAAGGAAGGAAGUUGUGAAAAACUGACUAAUAAAUGUGUUCACUUUUUAUUGCAAUACCUAUAAAUCACAGAAGGCAGAAAUAAAUAAUUAUACAAACUCA